UAUUCGGUAUAUUAAUCAUCAAUUCAGCUGGCACUUCUGCAACUUUUAAUUGAGUCUAUGAUUGAGAAGAUUGAUUUUGGAGAUCGAAUCUUUAUUUGAUAAUUUAUAUAAUAUGGUAUUGGUGUCUGAGCAUUAUGAAUAAAAUAUACAACCACAUGUGUUGGAUAUUGAAUACACAGCCAACCAAGUUUUACUUUGCGAGUAUUUUUCAAACACGUAUUUCAAAAUUAUAAUCUACCAAGUUAUCUACCCCUUCUAUAAAUAGCAUCACUCCAAACCUCCACUUUCGCCACAUAUAAAACACACACACACACACAUAUAAUCUUAGUUUAGAAGCUAUUUCAGCCGAAGCAUCUACAGACACUACAGAUUCUUACAUUCAUUUCUUUAGUAGUGUGGAAGUAAAUUAAGACGUGCACGUCGCGACUUGUGUAGCUUUAACUGCAGAAAAAGCGUGAGCCCUAAAUCGUGUGCGUGCUUCAUGCAUCUUAUCAUAAAACCUAGUAUUUCUCGAAGCUCAACUGUUUUAAUCUGCCGGAAAAUUAUUUUCCAGCUGACGGAAAGGAAAAAUAAAUAAAUUUAAAAAAAAAUGUGGCGGCUGAAGAUCGCGGAGGGCCACGGCCCGUAUCUGUACAGCACGAACAACUUCGUCGGCCGGCAGAUAUGGGAGUACGACGAGAACGCCGGCACGGCGGAGGAGCGGGAGGCGCAGCUCGUCGAUUUCCAGAAGGCCCGCGACGACUGGAGCGAGAACAGGAAGAAGGGGUUCCAUUCGUGCGCCGAUUUGUUCCUGAGACUGCAGCUGAAAAGGGAAAGCGGAAUCGAUCUGCUCGGAAUCCCGCCGGUGAGGAUCGGAGAGAACGAAGAGAUCAGCUACGAAGCCGCCACGACCGCCGUGAAGAAGGCGCUGCGGGUGAACCGGGCGGUCCAAGCCAGCGACGGCCACUGGCCGGCCGAGAACGCCGGCCCGCUCUUCUUCACUCCCCCUUUGCUGAUAUCUUUGUACAUAAGCGGGACGCUCAACAAGGUGCUGACACCUGCGCACAUUAAGGAGCUCAUCCGCUACAUCUACAACCACCAGAAUGAGGAUGGGGGGUGGGGAUUUUACAUAGAAGGGCACAGCACAAUGAUUGGAUCAGCGCUAAGCUACGUGGCGCUAAGGAUACUGGGGCAGGGACCAGAUGACGGCGACGGCGCCAUGGGCAGAGGAAGGCAGUGGAUUCUUGAUCACGAAGGCGCCACCGGAAUACCCUCAUGGGGAAAGACGUAUCUUUCGGUUCUUGGAGUGUACGAAUGGGACGGUUGCAACCCUCUUCCCCCGGAGUUCUGGCUCUUCCCUUCCGUUUUCCCUUACCAUCCAGCAAAGAUGUGGUGUUACUGCCGCACAACCUACAUGCCAAUGUCGUACCUAUACGCGAAACAGUUCCACGGGCCCCUAACCGACGUCGUUUUGGCCCUCCGCAACGAAAUCCAUUUGAAGCCCUACGACGAGAUCGACUGGAACAAGGCGCGACACCACUGUUGCAAGGAGGAUAUUUACUACCCUCACUCGAAGAUCCAGGAUGUUCUGUGGGACACUCUCAACUACUGCAGCGAGCCGCUGAUGCGGCGCUGGCCGUUGAACAAGAUCCGGCAGAAGGCCAUGGACAAGGCCAUCAAGUACAUGCGCUACGGCGCUGAGGAGAGCCGAUACAUCACCAUCGGAUGCGUCGAGAAGAGUCUCCAGAUGAUGUGCUGGUUCGCACACGACCCCAACUGCGACGAAUUCAAGUACCACUUAGCUAGAGUUCCCGACUACCUGUGGCUGGCGGAAGACGGCAUGAAGAUGCAGAGCUUCGGGAGCCAGCUGUGGGACAGCACGCUCGCGACGCAAGCAGUCAUCGCGAGCGGCAUGGUGGAGGAAUACGGCGACUGCCUCAAGAAGGCGCAUUUCUACAUCAAAGAGUCGCAGGUGAAGGAGAAUCCCAAGGGGGAUUUCAUGGCCAUGUAUCGUCACUUCACCAAAGGCUCCUGGACUUUCUCUGAUCAGGAUCAGGGCUGGGUCGUCUCCGACUGCACCGCCGAGGCGCUCAAGUGUCUGCUUAUGCUGUCGCAAAUGCCGACGGAAAUCGCCGGGGAGAAGGCCGACGUGGAGCGCCUCUACGACGGUGUGAACGUGCUCCUUUAUUUGCAGAGCCCUCUCAGCGGCGGAUUUGCGAUCUGGGAGCCGCCGGUUCCGCAGCCGUAUCUGCAGGUUUUGAACCCUUCGGAGCUCUUUGCGGACAUCGUGGUUGAAUCAGAGCACGUGGAGAAUACUGCUUGUAUAAUCCAAGCACUCGUCUCGUUCAAGCGUCUGUAUCCAGGCCAUCGCGCCAAAGAAAUCGAAGGCUCUGUCGCACGUGCGAUUAAAUUCCUCGAAGGAAGGCAAUGGCCUGAUGGUUCAUGGUAUGGAUACUGGGGAAUUUGCUUCUUGUAUGGGACGUGCUUCGUAUUGGGAGGAUUAGUUGCAGCGGGUAAGACGUAUGAGAACAGCGAAACAGUGAGAAAAGCUGUGAAUUUCUACUUGACAACACAGAACGAAGAAGGUGGAUGGGGAGAAAGCCUCGAGUCCUGCCCAAGCAUGAAAUACAUUCCUUUGGAAGGAAACCGCACAAAUUUGGUUCAGACAUCAUGGGCCAUGCUCGGUCUUAUGUAUUCUGGACAGGCGGAGAGGGAUCCGAAACCUCUACACAGAGCAGCAAAGCUGUUGAUUAAUGCACAAAUGGACGAUGGAGAUUUUCCUCAAGAGGAUAUAACUGGGGUGUACAUGAAGAACUGCAUGCUGCAUUACGCGCAAUAUAGGAAUAUAUUCCCGCUGUGGGCACUGGGAGAGUAUCGCAAACGAGUCUGGUCAUCGCAAUGCUUGUAAACAGAGUAUAUGAGAGCAACCAUAUUCAAAACAAAUAUAUAUAUAUGUAUUUAUAGAUAUAUAUGUGUCUGUGUGAAGAAUGCUUGGGUGAAAAAUCUGUGACAGCCCAUGUCAAAGAACUAGUACAAAAUAACCAUGUGAAAGAUGGCUUGCGGAAGUCUGCAAUAACGAAGCUCGCCAAGUGUUGUUCCUUUUCUUUUUCUCUGUUUUUUAGUGUAAAUUAUGUAAUAUCAGCUUUUAAGUUAUCAUGAUCUGUUGAUUUCCCAAUUGUGAAUUUGGAAGUUGAAAUUUCCAACAA